UUAGUACGGCGUGGGAUAGCCAACUCUGUGACGACGUCCUGGGGGUCUUUCAAAGUUGUCCAUGUGCGGAGGGGUUGUUGGAGAUGGGUGGACUGGAGAAAAAGAAGUACGAAAGAGGAGCUGCUACAAACUACAUUACUAGAAAUAAAGCCAGGAAGAAGUUGCAACUUAGUCUUGCAGAUUUCAGGCGAUUAUGCAUUCUGAAGGGUAUUUAUCCUCAUGAACCUAAACAUAAGAAAAAAGUUAACAAAGGUUCAACAGCUCCACGCACUUUCUAUCUCAUCAAAGAUAUCAAGUUCUUACUGCAUGAGCCUAUUGUGAACAAAUUUCGUGAUUACAAAGUAUUUGUCCGGAAAUUACGGAAGGCCUAUGGAAAGGCUGAGUGGGAAACAGUUCAAAGGCUUAAGGAGAAUAAACCUGUGUACAAGCUAGAUCAUGUUGUCAAAGAAAGGUACCCUACCUUCAUAGAUGCACUCCGUGACCUUGAUGAUGCAUUGUCCAUGUGCUUCCUAUUUGCCACGUUCCCUCGCACGGGUAAAUGUCACGUAGAGACAAUUCAGUUAUGUCGGCGCCUAUCUGUGGAGUUUAUGAAUUUUGUUAUUGCCUCCAGGUCCCUUCGCAAGGUAUUCUUAUCAAUCAAAGGGAUUUAUUAUCAAGCUGAAAUUCUUGGUCAACUGAUAACUUGGAUUGUGCCCUAUACAUUUGCACAUGAUCAUCCCACAGAUGUGGACUACAGAGUGAUGGCAACCUUCACAGAGUUUUUCACAACCCUUCUUGGAUUUGUCAACUUUAGAUUGUACCAAAGCCUCAAUCUUCUUUAUCCUCCAAAGCUUGAAAACAACGCUGAAGAAAGUGACCCGAAGCAAGACAAUGAAGAGAAAUAUGCAAUGGAUUCUGAAUGUUACAUGGAGAAACUGGCUGCGCUGGGUGCAAGUUUAGCUCGUGUGAUAUCCUCAAAUGAAGAGGAUGAUAUACCUGAUGAGUUUCCUGCAGAAGAAGAAAAUGCAGUACUGCUUGAAGAGAGGCAAAAAGAACAACAAAUUCUAGAAAAACAGAAGAAGUUGUUUGAGGGGAUGCAGUUUUUCUUAAACAGAGAAGUUCCACGUGAAUCACUGGCAUUUGUCAUAAGGUGUUUUGGAGGCAAGGUAUCAUGGGAUAAGUCACUUUGUAUAGGUGCGACGUAUCCUGUAACAGAUGAAACCAUCACUCAUCAGAUCGUGGACAGGCCAAAUCUGGAUAAACAGUUUAUAAACAGGUAUUAUAUCCAGCCUCAAUGGGUCUACGACAGUAUUAAUGCUAAAACACUUCUUCCUGUAGAAGAUUAUUUUCUGGGAGUAACUUUACCACCUCACCUGUCCCCAUUUGUGGAGGAGAAAGAAGGAGACUACAUUCCACCAGAGAAACUCAAACUCUUGGCCAUUCAGAGAGGCGAGAGCACAUAUGCAAACCAAAAUGAAUCUGAAGAGGAUGAACAGGAUGAUGAGCCUCAGGAUGAUGCGUCUGAGGAUGAGGAUGAAGAUGAGGAUUUGGAUGAAACUGAAAAGCAAGAUGAAGAAAUGCUGAAGAAGUUGGAGGCUGAGAAGGUGAAAAACAAACAACUGAAUGUGAAAGUAACUGCAGGAACUGUCAAAUUGGAGAACAAAACGGAAGCAUCCCAACGAGAGCAAGCAGAAGAGAAGCGCCUAGCUAUCAUGAUGAUGAAGAAAAAAGAGAAGUAUUUGUACAAGAAAAUCAUGUUUGGCAAGAAGAGAAAAGUUCGUGAGAGAAACAAGUUGGCAGCUAAGAGGAAGGCUCAUGACGAUGUACUUAAAGCUGAAAAAAAGAACAAAAAAGUUAAAUUACAGUAAAGUACUGGUGCAUACUUCAGAUUUUAAACUAAAUUCUUAAGUUUGUUUAUACAGAUUCUUUGAACAUUCAUGGGCUACAAGAUACCCUUCUUUCACUAAAGCAGUUACAUUGUGUCCUGGAUUUUGACAGUUGCUAUCUAGAAAGAACUCUGCCUGUAAAAAGUAAUUUAAGAUUUUAUUUCUACAAGUCUACUUGUAAACUGUAAGAUUAAAAUGUUGUCCUUACAGGACAUGUCUUAUGUUUGUUAAUUUCUCAUCGUAUUGUAUAGAUUUCUAUUUUUAAAAUCUAAGAAUGCCACUUUGGCAUUAUAAUUGUGUUCUGUGAGCAGAAAGUGUUGGCCUCCUGAAAUAUCUAAUGCCUUUUAUGCUGUUUAAGCUUGAAUUGAUGAACGAAGAAAGCAAAAACUGGAAUCGAAUCUAGUUUAAAAACUGUAAAUGGGAUCUUGUGGAAAUUGUGGAGCCUAAGCCUAAUCCCAAUAUGUUAUGUGCCACACAGGUAUCUAACAGGUGACAGUAGCAGAUCAUCUUCCAGGAUCAAGACCCCUGGGGGUGGAGAUCCUGAUAGUUGUGUAAUCAGCAGUGCCACUAGGGUGCCAGUGACAGCUGCUGGUAUGACACCUUCUGUGACCUUUUAAUAGAAGAGAGAUUGAGAUAUUUGAUGGCAGGUGGAGGAGACACAUGAAUUUUUGGUCUUGGCUUUUGCAUCCCCUCCCUGACACCAAAUAAAGCGUCAAAUUCCUCAGGCAGUGAAAUCUUUAAACUAGGUAACUCCGCCCCCAGAGUUUGCUCGUCACGCUCCCUAGAUGGUGAACACCCCAUGCACCCCUCAACCCCACCCCAACUCUUCUAAGAAAACUAACCAUUAUCCCAAUUGCUACUGAAUUAAUAUCUGCUUUGGCAGGAUGAGGUUCCUGAUUGGAUGUUAAUUACCACUUAAUCAUCUUACCCUGCUGCCAGUUAAGGCUGGAAUUAGUUGGGCUGUAGGUGGCGUAAUUCCCACCCACCAACCUCUUCAUCUGAUUUAAUUCUACCCAAUGCCAGGGGUCAAAUCAUGAAAUUCUUCGCAGUGUAUGACCUGGUGGUUGACGUAUGCUUUAUGUUGUAAAUUUUGUUUCUUCUAUCAUCAUCACUUUAAAAGUUUUCUGGUCUGCACCUGUUAAUCUGAAAGCUUUGUCAUUUAGUGACACUUAAUUGAGAACUAACUAGCCAAAAGAAUGAACUAGUAACCAUGAGGAUUAAAACAAAGUGUAUAAAGCAACACUGCUUGCUUGUUUUAUUUUACUGUAACUAAUUUUUAGCUACCAAUUUUAGAGUUCUUUCCAGAAUAUUAACCAGUGUUUUUGAACGUGUUUUUUGUUUUUUUUUGCUGUUGUUGAGGUAGGUAAUAUCAGCACCACAGAAUGGAACAUUUUUAAAUUUUAACUACUUGAUAUCAGCAGUGAACAGUUUUUUUUAUUGUGUUGUGACCACUCUGUCCUGUAAUGUUAUUUCUGAAUGUUUUCUAGUCCUUCCACUACUUUUCUAAUUGAUGUAAGGCUGGUAUCUGGAUUGGUUUGUGAGAUGACCACCUUUGGUUAUUUUGCAUCAUGUCCUCAUAUCCAACAGUGAAUGAAAUCUUUAUCCAUCUGGAUUUAACAGAAAGAUCCAAGGAAAAUACUUAUGUCCAGUGUAGAGCACGAGCUUCAAGAAUUAAAACGUUGAUAAGAUUUGUUAUUUGAA